GCGCUCUCUCACUUUCUCACCUUCUCUUCUUCUCUGAGGUGCCCCGACAAACUAAGAGAUCAACCUAAUUGGGCCCACAUUAUGUCUCUGUUCCACUUUUUCUCCACCACCACAGUCUUUCUACUUCCAAUGUUUUUUCUUCUCUUCUCGCUCUUCCAUUAUCAUUCUCGCAUGCAUAUUCUGUGAUACACUGAUGUGCUACUUCCGUCGUUGUUCGCUUCAACUUACCGCUGCUUUUUUUCAAAGCUAGAAUUAAACGCCUUAAUGCGGAGUUUCAAUCCUUUAAUUUCGUGUAACUGUGAGGUGAAUCACGUUUUCGGGUGCGACAAAAGUAAGAGUUUUUGUCUGCCUGCGUUUCUUAUAAUUCGUUGGUUUGGCUUUCUUUCAAACCCAAAUUCCAAAGUUUGAAUUUUUAAGCUUAAGCGAGUUUAGGUAGUAAAUGUCUCCUGUUCUUGAGGGAAACUCACUUAACCGGAAGUUUCAUGUGGGUGAGUCUUUUCUAUGAACCUUUUUUAGCGUUUUAGUGCUACUUUCAUUCUUUAUUAUAGUUAGUGGCUUUUCUCAUUGUUAGUGAGAAGGACUAUUCUAUGCAAUAGGGGCAGAAUAUAUAUAAAAGGGCAUCUCCUUUGCCAACUUUUUAUCACUGUGGAGUCUAUCCCUAUUCCAUUAUGAUUUGACUUGAUUGGCUGGUAUGUAUUUAACCACAUAUAUACCAAGUUAUUACGCAGCUUCUAAGCGUUAACGCUCAAGCGAAAACGUUAGCGUAUGUUUGAUAUUGGAGCUCCUUCGGUAUCCCUUCAGUUAUGUAUCAGCAACCUCAAUAACUGCUCUUAAACAACAUAGUCAAUUCUGAUUCCCGAAGAUGGCUGAGAAAGAGACUGUGUAUUCAUUAGGUGAUUGGAGGAGAAUACCAAUUUGCACUUUCUUUAAGGAUGCAAGACUGGUUUUCAAAGCAGACAGUCUUGGUCGGGAAAUUUUGUCAAUUGCAUUGCCUGCAGCAAUGGCUUUGACUGCUGAUCCUAUUGCUUCGUUGGUUGACACAGCAUUUAUUGGCCAAAUAGGGCCAGUAGAGCUUGCUGCUGUAGGAGUUUCAAUAGCACUCUUCAAUCAAGUAUCAAGGAUUGCAAUAUUCCCACUUGUCAGUGUCACCACUUCUUUUGUGGCUGAGGAAGAUACCCUUAGUGGAGCAAGUCCUCAGAUAGAGGAGGGUAAAUGCUUGGAAGCUGGUGGACCUGUGGAUACUGAAACCAAAGAGUUAUUACCACAGAAAGUUACAGGUAGAAAUGUUCACAAUUCAGAUUCUGUUGGUGAAUCUUUGAAUAUAGUUAAGGAGGAUCACAAGAGAAGGCAUAUCCCUUCAGCUUCAUCGGCAUUAUUUAUCGGUGGUGUCCUUGGCCUCAUCCAAGCAAUAUUUCUUAUAUCUACGGCAAAACCUUUAUUGAACUUCAUGCGAGUAACUUUUGACUCUCCUAUGCUACACCCUGCACAACAGUAUCUGAGAUUGAGGUCCCUCGGUGCUCCUGCCGUUCUUCUCUCCUUGGCAAUGCAAGGAGUGUUUCGAGGAUUUAAAGACACGAAAACACCUUUAUAUGCCACUGUGGCAGGAGAUGCAACUAACAUAGCAUUGGAUCCUUUAUUCAUGUUUGUAUUCCGCUUGGGUGUCAGUGGUGCAGCCAUUGCCCACGUUAUAUCUCAGCACCUAAUUUCAGCUAUACUCCUAUGGAGGUUGUUGCAACAAGUUGACCUUAUACCUCCGAGCAUAAAACAUCUACAAUUAGACCGUUUUCUUAAAAAUGGUUUUCUAUUACUAAUGAGAGUAGUCGCUGUAACAUUUUGUGUGACAUUGGCUGCAUCAUUAGCUGCACGGCAAGGAUCAACGUCCAUGGCUGCAUUUCAGGUCUGUCUGCAGGUUUGGUUGGCAGUGUCUCUUCUUGCUGAUGGUCUGGCAGUUGCAGGGCAGGCUAUUCUUGCUGGUGCAUUUGCUAAUAAGGACUUCAACAGGGCAUCGGCAACUGCAUCCCGAGUUGUGCAGAUGGGUUUAGUUCUAGGAUUGGCACUUGCAUUCAUUCUUGGAACAGGAUUGCACUUUGGUGCUAAAAUAUUUACAAAAGAUGCUGAUGUUCUCCACCUCAUUCAAAUUGGAAUCCCGUUUGUGGCUGUCACUCAACCUUUGAAUUCUUUAGCAUUUGUAUUUGAUGGUGUCAACUUUGGAGCUUCUGAUUUUGCAUAUUCAGCCUUCUCCAUGGUUGUGGUGGCAAUUCUAAGCAUUAUUUGUCUGCUUAUUUUGUCAUCCGCGGGUGGUUUCAUUGGUAUUUGGGUUGCUUUGACCAUCUAUAUGGGUCUUAGGGCAUUUGCUGGCUUCUUGAGGAUUGGAACAGGAUCAGGACCGUGGGAGUUCCUAAGGAGCUCAUAAUAACUGCACAUAAGCCUAUAGAUUGCAGUGGUAGUUACUAAUUAAAUUUAAGUGAGAAGCUUUCCCUGGGUUUUUUUAGUAGCUUGCAAAUUCUUCUGAAAGAAUAGGCACUGGUUGAAAAAUCUAACUCUGCUUAACAAAUACAACGUAAAAAUGUAAAGAUGCAGGGAACAAUCACUGGUUCCUUUAUAUGGUGAUCCCUACUGUAAUUUGUCGAAAAUCAAAUUUUACAAAAUGGUAAUCAAGGCAUACUUUCUGCUGA